CCGGAAGUUGGUCCGUCUGUGGUUGGGUUCCGCCCUGCGCGGGGAGGUGAGGGAGGUUUUGCGGUGGAGGGUCUGUGACGGCUGAGGGAUAAAGAUGGCUUCACGAGGAAAGAGCGAAACAAGCAAACUGAAGCAGAACUUGGAGGAGCAACUAGACAGGUUGAUGCAGCAGCUACAGGAUCUCGAUGAGUGCAGGGAGGAACUUGAAGCUGAAGAAUAUGAGGAAACGAAACAGGAAACAUUGGAGCAGCUGAGUGAAUUCAACGAAUCUCUGAAGAAAAUCAUGUCCGGAGAUAUGACAUUAGUUGAUGAACUCAGUGGAAUGCAGCUUGCAAUCCAGGCAGCAAUAAGCCAGGCUUUUAAAACUCCAGAGGUAAUCCGAAUGUUUGCAAAGAAGCAGCCUGGGCAGCUACGAACGCGACUUGCUGAGAUGGAGCGAGAUGUAAUAGUAGGAAAGUUGCCGCGGGAUGUCUAUACGCAGCAGAAGGUUGAGGUACUUACAGCGCUAAGGAAGCUGGAAGAAAAGCUAACUCCAGAAGAAGAAACAUUCCUCCUGGCGAAUGCCAGUACUAUACUCAGUAAUUUUGAGAAAGUCUCUGGAAAUCUAGGAACUGGAGAUAAAGUAUUUGCCCUUGCCAGUUCGGGAGUUGAGAUCCCAAAGAAAUGAGGAGAGAUUUGUAUUCCACUUUUCCACAUAACUGCCUGUUUGCUUUGUUUUGUAUUUUAAUGUGCUGUUUGACUUUGAAAUAAACCUGAACAAAAUGUAAAGUUAAAACAG